ACGAAAGCUUCAAAUCUCGAAGUAUGUACCUAUCUAAUAAAAAAAAGAGAGCUCGUACAUAUUAAAUACUUCAUUACAUCAUCAUUGUAGUGCGACCCUUUGACGUCUUGUGAAAAAGAGCUUUGCAGCUUAUCGGAUUCCUCCAGUGUAAAUAAAUGAGUCCUAAAGGUCGCGUCGCCCACGUGGUGCUGCCCCGUGAUGUCACCACCACCACCACCACGGGGUCGGAUCGCUGAGCUGACGCGACGUGGUUCAGAGAGGCUGCCACGAGCCACCAACCUCCACCACUCGCCACGGUUAACGGUGGCCUUAACACCCACCGUAGACACACGCAAGUCGACGCGUAAUUCGGUACUAACCACUGGACAGCGACUACACCUGCCACUCGCGUGACUCUACGCUCACAGCUGUGAACGGCGAGCGGCAACCAUCACUGAACGCGUAGCUCUACUCGCCGUUGUCGCUUAUUAACUCCACACUCGCCACUGUUGACGCGUAACUCUACACCUCACCGCUGUUAACGGCAGAGAUAUCUUACGGGAUGACAACACGCCAUCGCAUAUCAAGCAAGAUCGUUUCUUAAGUCAGCAAAGGCUCCGUUGGUUCACCCCCAGUCAACCUGUUGUCUGUGGAACACCAGCAGGGACAAUGGGGAAAUCACAAAAGAAACCUCAAUCAAAGCGCUCAGCCUCUGGCAAAUCACCUGCGAAAAGGAAGAGAAAGCAGCAUGGCAAGGAGGCAGGGGGUGGACCAGCUCCAUCAAGGCCAAAGAGUGCACUUAUUUAUGACCAACAGACGGAUCUAGAGGAGAGGAUGGCUGCUUUUCAGAGCCAAGCAUUGGCUGAUGACACCCAGGACUUCAUGACCAUGGGGCAUUAUAAAAAGCUGGAGAUGAAUUACACUCAGACUCGCCUGGCUGCUUCCAAGCUCAUCUGCCACUUCCGGCUUCCAGUAGACAUUCGCGCUCUGGAAGGCAUAACUCCACAGCAGUACCUACUGCAUUACUGCACCGUGGACCGGAGAAGAUGCAAUCACUAUAAAUCCAUUUUCAUCCAAAUGCACCUGGAUAAACAUGGAUUCCUCUCCUACAAGGAUUGUCAGCAGGCUCUCAGCAAGGUGCAUGGCAACAUAGUCGGCGCUGCUCAAAUCAACACCGUCCUUGACAUCGUCGGUGCUGACAACAACAGCAAGUUUGAUUUCCACCUCUUCAGUGCCCUCUGUGCCCUCUCCGAGAGGAUGCUCUACCACGUCUUUGUGACAGAGGAGGAUGAUCACACUGGGCGUGGGAAGAGAGAUGCACUGGAGGAGGCUGACUUCUACCUACUGGACAUGAAGCUACAAGGAUGUAACAUCUCUCAAGAAAUGAGAAAGCUCUUCAGCGUUCUCUAAGAUAGCCAUCUCACUCCUGUCACUACACUGCCCCCCCCCCCCCCCCCCGCUACCAUGUCCACACCAGCAAUAUAAGUAAAAUUAAGUUUGUUUCAAUAUCACCUCCAUUUGUUGCAUCCAUUAUAUAUAGUUUAAGGUUUUUAAAUAGUAUUUAAUCAGGUAAGGAAGUAUUACACGUGUUAUUAUGUAAAAAGAUAAUGCCCUUAUGCCUCCAUCCUCAUUUUUAUUUCCACAGGAACAAUUGUUGCUGAUUGGGACACAAAAACUUAUAAUAACAAAAUAAAUUGGAAGCUGUCUUAGGGGCAUGAUGUAUUGUUGGAGGGGGAGCGGUAAUGUCGUGGUUAGCACACUGCGCUACGAACCCGAAAAUCUGAGUUUGAGUCCCGCUCACAAUCAAUAACAGUGGCGCAUAUUUAAGUCGACUCAGCCUUCAAUGA